AUGGGCACUAUCUAUGUAAAUGAUCAUUAUAAUCACCGCAUCAUGCGUUGGUUAAAAGGCUCCACAUCGGGCAGUAUCAUUAUCGGAGGACAAGGCUCUGGAAAUGGAACGACUCAAUUAUCAUAUCCAGAUGAUUUAAUAUUUGAUCGACAAGGAAACAUAUAUGUCUCCGAUUAUUUCAAUCAUCGAGUUCAAAUGUUCACUGUUGACAAAAGUACUUGUGUCAAAGUAUCGACAUAA